AGUGAGUUCUCCGUGGAGAGUGUGGUAUUUCGACAGGGCUUGGCACGUUUUCUGAAUGCUUCUGACUGCCUGCCGGCCUCAGAGUUUCCUGUUUCUAGUUCCCCACAUGUGUCACAGCUGAGGAUUAAAGCCCUAAGAGGCAUCACCGGAGCCCACUUUCUCCUUUCUCUCAGCCUCUGCGCAGCUGGGUCUCCUGACAAAGCUGUGAGACAUCCCUCUCCUACGUACAGACCAGACCCAAAGCUCUUUGAGAAAGAAAAAACGCAAUUAGCAACUCCAUCCCGGGCUGACUUCUAAAUGCACUUUUGUUUUUAAUAACCACCGUCAAACUCAGCGGGCUCCAACCAGGGAAAGAAAUCCUGCGGGCUGACCCUGAGUUACCACCUCCCUUGGGGCCAGCCGUUCCCAAAGCCUCCAACCAUAAGGAAAGGGGACGAAGAGGAAACGGAGGUUCGCAGAAGUUCCGACUCGUCCAAGUUCACAAAGCUCCGGAGGCCGGCCGCCGGUCAGGCUCGGGGACAGAAGGGUAGAUGCGCCCCCGAAAGAUGGUGACUCCUUCGUAAGGAGCAGGUCACUUCCUACGAGACAAGGCCUUCUCCACAGUUACUGGGCUGAUUCACCCCAGGGGCCCGCCGGCCUUUUCUCGUCAACAGCUGAAGUCCUCCACCCUGUUUCAGUUAACUUACGGCUACAGAAAAGAAUACAGGCAAAUUUCAUCUUCUGUAAAAUGAAAAGGACAGCUUUUUUUGAAGCAUGAAGUUAUGCGGUCUGCCCUGGACAUUGCCCCCGAGGAGAAUAUGAAAGUAUUAUUCAGGCUUGUUUGUUUCAUAGCUCUACUGACUUCUUCUCUGGAGGCUGAUAAAUGUGAGGAACGUGAAGAGGAAGUUAUUUUAGUUUCGUCUGCACAUGAAAUUGAUGCUCGUUCAUGUCCUCUCAUCCUAAGUGAGCACAAAGGCCCUAUAAUUUGGUAUAAAAAUGACGGCAAGACACCUGUAUCUACGGAAAGAGACUCCAGGAUUCAUCAGCACAAAGAUAAACUUUGGUUUGUUCCUGCUGAAGUAGAGGAUUCAGGAUAUUACUACUGUGCAGUGAGCAAUUCAACUUACUGCCUCAAAACUAAAAUAGCUGCAGAGUUUGUACAGCAUGAGCCUAACUUGUGUUACAAUUCACAAGCCGUAUUUACACAGAGACUACUGAUUCCAGGAGAUGGACAACUUGUAUGUCCUUAUUUGGAUUUUUUCAAAGAUGAAAACAAUGAGUUACCCCAAAUACAGUGGUAUAAGGAUUGCAAACCUCUACUUCUUGACAAUAUAAACUUUGUUGGAAUAGCAAAUAAACUCAUCAUCACGAAUGUGACUACGGUGCAUAAUGGGCACUAUACGUGUCAUGCAUCCUACACACACUUGGGAAAGCAGUAUCGUGUCAGCCGGGUGAUAGAACUCAUUACUCUAGUGAAAUCCAGGAACAAGAGACCUGAGAUCGUGAGUCCAGCUAAUGAGACGAUAGAAGUGGUCUUGGGAUCCUGGCUCCAGUUGAUCUGCAAUGUUACCGGCCAGUUGAGUAACUUUGUCUACUGGAGGUGGAAUGGGUCAGCAAUUAAGGAAUAUGAACCUAUGAUGAUGGAAGAGUUUACAUACGUGCAGAAUCCUUUAAACAAAAGAAGGAGUACAGUCAUCGCACGGCUUAAUAUUACAGCAGUGGAAAGUAAAUUUUUUCUACAUCCAUUUAUCUGUUUAGCCAAGAAUACAGAAGGAAGGAGUACAGCAUAUAUCCAAUUAAUACAUCCAGCCCCUGAUUUCCAGACGCCCACAAUUGGUGUAUUUGUCAUGUUAACAUUGGUAAUUACAUGCUCUGUUUUCAUCUAUAAAGUCUUCAAGGUUGACAUUGUGCUUUGGUACAGAGAUUCUUUCUAUGAUUUUCUCCCAAAAAAAGCUUCAGAUGGAAAGACGUAUGAUGCAUACAUACUAUAUCCAAAGACCCCUGGGGAAGGGUCCACCUCUAACUCAGAUAUUUUUGUGUUUAACGUCUUACCUGAGGUCUUGGAAAAACAGUGUGGAUAUAAGCUGUUCAUCAGUGGCCGAGACGACUACGUUGGGGAAAGCAUUGUUGAGGUUGCUAAUGAAACCAUAAAGAAAAGCAGAAGACUGAUCAUCAUUUUGGCCCGAGAAAUAUCAGGAUUCUGCUGGCUGGGGAAUUCAUCUGAAGAGCAGAUAGCCAUGUACAACGCUCUCAUUCAGGAAGGAAUUAAAGUUGUCCUGCUGGAGCUAGAGAAAAUCCCAGACUAUGAGAAAAUGCCAGAAUCCAUUAAAUUCAUUAAGCAGAAACAAGGGGCCAUACGCUGGUCAGGGGACAUUAGAGAAGGGUCGCAGUCUACGAACUCGAGGUUCUGGAAGAAGGUCAGGUACCACAUGCCAGUCCAGCGGCAGCCGCCUUCAGCCAACCACAAGCUGCUGUCCCCGGCCACUCAGCUGGACUCUAAGGAGAAACGGCCACUGGAGGUCCACGUGCCCCUCGGGUAGCAGAGAAGCUUAGCCAAGAGUUCCUUGGUGACUCCUGUCUUCAGGCAUUGCAGGCGGGGCUGGGCCUCACUGACUUGUACAGUCAUACCACACACCUGUGUAGUCCCUUAUCCCUGAGGUCACCUAGAAUUGGAUUGUUAAGGGAGCAGGAUGUAGUGACAAUUGCCCUGUGGCCAGGGCAACUCAGAGCAGAGGGCUUGGGAAGUCCUUUAACAAGGCAGCAGAUGCCCUGUCUGAAUGUUUGAACUGCUGAGAAAAGGCACUGAGGCAGCAAACAAGAGGAAUGAACAUGCAGGAAAUACCUUCUAUAGACAGCUUUAGGAAGUCACCCACAGUCUGAGGGCAGGGCUGUGGCCCAGUCUGGGGACAGCAGGGUCACUGGUCCUCAAGCGGUUCUCUUGGACAUUGCUGCAGGCACAGUGAGACCCGUACUUCCCAGGGAAAUUAGACGCAUUCUUGGAGAACUUUCCAUUUGCCUUGCAUUUCCCAUACCCCUUGACAGCUGGCAGUCACUUUCCAAAGAUGGAAUUUCACUUCACAGACCUUUAAAACUGUCAUUUCAAUGAACAAAGGAAUUCUCCAGUAUUAGAAGGGUUUGCAAUAACCUUAGCUUUCUGCAGGAGAGAGAGAAUUUCAAGAGAAAGAGUUGCAAAGAAUUGAUCCACCUCUUAAUGCCUUCCCCCUGGAAUGACCAUUCGGUUCUACCUUAUUCUUCUGCAUUUUACUUGACUCGUCCCUUCUUUGGAAGGACAACUUCCAAGUCACCUCCUCCUUAUACUCUGUCAUACACACAUGGCCCCAGAUGAACCAGCCUUCCCACGAUGCUGCUCUGAUCUCAUCCUGCCUUGACUAGAAUACUUCCACCGGCUCCUUCCUGGUUCAUGAGCUAAAGCCCACAUUCUCCCACUAGCAUCUCACCACCCCAACACAGCUGGACCCCUGUUGGUCCUGCUCUGUGAAUCCCAAGUUGUGCACCUUCAUACCUGCCCCCAGUGCCCCUCCAUCUCUGCCUCUCCUUCCUGUCUCCUCUGACUGGAAAUUCUCCUCACAUUUUCUCCAGCUGACCAGAAUUUUACUGAAACUCAAAAUUUACUCCAAGUCACUUCCUCCAAGAGAUUUCCCCCAAGAAACUGCCCUAAGGCACUUGCUCUCUUUUUCUCAGUCUGAUUGUACUUAUUGUUGGCUGUCACUUUAUGGGAAGUUUUUUCUGUCUCCAGCUAGGAGCCCUGCUCUCUGCAGGAGAGGUGUGGGUGUGUCUCUUUGUUGGAGGUGCCUUCAGAAGUAAUUUGCACAUAUAACAUAGAUUUGUGUAGUGCUUUAUUGUUUAAAAAUGUCUGCAGAUUAUCUUAUUUAAUUUUUGAAAAUCUCUUUUAGGGUUUCCUCUAACCUCUUCCUUUCAGGCCUUCCCCAUUAAUUAGAUUUUACUGUAUUAUCUGAUGGUAAUUUUUUUGUUUGUUCUGGUCAGCCUGUUUAAGUUUGCAAAUGCAAUGAAGUGUUCAUUUCCAGUCGUUAAAACUGGCUUAGCAGAAUUUUUAUUUUCCCCCUUCUGCCUCUAUUUUAUUUGCAAUAAAAGAAAGGGUAUUGAGCCAUUUUUUCAAGGAUUUUUUGAUAAAUUAUAUUUGCACUGGUUAAUGAUGAAGGGUUAUUUUUAAACUUGUUUGUAUAAUUCUGCAGCAGAUACCAAAUAUUUUUAUACAGUAAGAUGCCAGAUUCAUGUACAGCACAUAUCAUUGAUCAAUGGACUGUACUUAUUUUCCAAUAAAAUUGUCAAAACCUGGUA